CAAACAUCCAACUCAUGACUUGUUCAUCUCUUGACAUGUAGUCUUUCAUCCUUUCUAUAAAUACCUCUCAGUCUGAUGCCUACAUUUCAUGGUCAUAUUCCACCUUGACUCCACCUUUGACUUGAUGCUCGCCAUCUGAUGAGCGUUAACUUCCGCCGCAAUAUGAUUCGCCACUCCUUCACUUCAAAAGAGUCCUCACGCACGCUGCCUUGACUCGCCUUCGAGUGCGCUGACUACAUAAGUCAUCAUCAAUCAUGGCGGCUAACGCGCGGAUGCUACUCGAUCCCAAGUCAAUCAAAAAGAACCUGAAGUUGGGAGAAGACAACCAAACAAAAAGCGCUAUGCGUUCGCAACAAGAAAUCACACAAUUUCCCGGACACCGUGGCCCGCCGAACCACAAUCCGAUACAACCACAGAGCUCAUCGAGAUAUCUCGAUCAUCGGGCACUGUUGGAUCCUCGCACCCUUCUCAACGCAAAACGUUCUCCAGGCUCAACUAUUUCUCCAGUCCCACCUUCAAACCAAGACCAGGAUGCUCAUGACGGCAUGCCUUCAAUGUUACGAUCGAGUCCGGCACUGAAUCGCCAGCAUAGCGGUCCUAGGUCUCUACUGGAGGCUGUGCACGGCGUCGAAUCCCGAGUUGACCAUCCUCGAAAGAAGGUGAAGGUCAAUGCUAGCAACGACGAUGCGGAGCCGAAAAGGGGCAGAAGCUAUAGCCACCAUCCUAGCAGUGGGAUUAUCGGAGGGUACAUGCGUCCCGAUGCAGAGAACUCGGCCGAAAAUACGUUGAAGUCGUUGGUCGAUCUCACCAAUGAUGAAGACGAUGAAGUCGACGACGACGUUGAAUUUGUAUCAUCCAGGACGCUGAGCGGCGAUGAGGAAGUGUGCUACGGUCACUUCUCGACUAAUGUUCAUGCGCAUCUCAUCCCGAAACCGAAGAGCAACUCAGUAUUCCAAAGUGACAAGGAGUGGCCGGUGAUGAAGUGCACACUGACACGCAUCCCGUCGAAGGACACUGUUAUCGAGGUGUCUGACCCUUUCGGCAUCGUCUUCGGCAGAGUCAACCCUGAUUUUGCUGCGGCCCUUGCACCUGUGCUUGAUGGGCUAGAGGGCAUCCGAACUCAGGCGAGGCUCGUCAAUCGGCGUAAAAAGCCGGAAGAGUGGCCUCACCUGAAGUGCUCCGAGUACCUGAAGAUGAUUGUCAACGUUUAUGGCCGAAGGAAAGACGUCCAGAAAGUGGGAAAACAUUUUGGACAACACAAUUUCUGGUUCCGGCCUCCAAUGGCCCCUGAGCCGGGCGUUCCCAUUGUAAACCCUCACGGGAAGAAGGAUGUCAUGCCGCAACCGGUGCGGAAGACUGGCCAAGGCCAUGUUCUUUCUGAUGCUCGUACACUCGAAGAGGCAACGGAAGCCGUCUCGAAACUGUUCGACUCGUUUGCUAAUGCGGCCCCUGCUUUGGUGGAAACCGAGCCUCCCGCAUCAAUAAUCACAACACCUUUGUUAAGCCAUCAGAAGCAAGCGCUAACUUUUCUUAUGCAGCAUGAACAUCCUCGAACCUUUGGUGACGAAGAAUCGGAGAAUUCUUCCUUGUGGAGACGGGUCAUAGCCAAGACCGGAGCCACCGUCUACCGCGAAGUCGUCAGUGGGAUCUCGGUUCGCGACGAGCCCGAUCAAGUUCUUGGAGGGCUUCUCGCCGAUGUCAUGGGUUUGGGGAAAACACUAGAAGCUCUGUCGCUGAUCGCGGCCACCCUGGACGAUGCGAUGGACUUCAGCCGUGAGAAGGUUAUUCGAGACGACCAAAACAUGCUACUAGCCAAUACGAAGGCCACGUUGGUGGUCUGUCCCACGAGUACUGUCAAGAACUGGGAGGACCAAAUUGCAACACACAUCCAUCCGGAGAAAGUCUCUUACUAUGUCUAUCACGGACCGAAUCGAGAACGCAACCCCUACAAGCUGUCGAAGUACGACAUCAUCCUUGCCACAUAUGGCGUCGUUGCAUCCGAGUUCUCUGGCAGGGGUUCGGCCGGUAUCACACCGCUCAAACAGUUGAAGUGGUUCAGAAUCAUCCUUGAUGAAGCUCAUACGAUCCGGGAGCAUAAGGCUCUUCAGUCCCAGGCCAUUUAUAGCCUAGAAGCCCAGCGUCGAUGGUGUCUGACAGGAACCCCUAUUCAGAACCGUCUCGACGAUUUAGGGUCUCUGACAAGAUUUCUACGUCUCUACCCAUACGACACUCCAGCUCGAUUCAAUCAAUAUAUCAGAGGACCUGCUCAGGCCGGAGAUCCGAGUUUUCUGAAAGCUUUGCGAGUCUUCGUCGACAGCUUCACUCUACGCCGAUUACGAGAUCGCAUCGACCUGCCAGAGAGAAAGGAUUUUGUAGACUUGCUUGACUUCUCGCCGGACGAGAAGCAGCUCCAUGACUUCUUCAAAGAAAUUGCACAUGUGCAGAUCCAAGAAUUGGCGCACAUGAAGCAAAAGAAUAGCGGAGUCCAGCACCAUGUGCUUCGCGGCAUCAUGACAUUGAGGCUUAUUUGUGCACAUGGACGAGAUUUACUGAAGGAGAAGGAUCUGGCAAAACUGAAAGGAGUUACUCACAGCGAGGCUAUUGACCUCGAUGGUGAUUAUAAGCCUUCAACCAUAUCCAGACAAGCUGCUUACGAAUCCUUGAACCUGAUGACCGAAGCUCAGCUGGAUCUAUGCAGGAGAUGUGAGCGGAAGAUCACCCAAAUGGAGUUCGAGGACGACGACGGCAUUCGGUGUUACAUCCUGCCAUGUUUCGACCUAAUAUGCGCUGAAUGUUUCGCAGCAGAUAAGCAAACUUUCGACAGCAUGUCCGACCGAGAAGUUGUGACCUGCCCAUACUGCUCCAAAGAGAUUGCUGCACAGUACGUUGGAUUUAGUGGAUCCACGACGCAGGAAAUCAUUACAGCACCAGAUGACAACAUCGCUCAAGAUGAGGAGGACACAGAAAUCCACACAUAUCAUGGCCCACAUACCAAGACAAAGGCGCUUUUGCAGGAUAUUGCCGCCAUGGUUAAGGACAGCGAAGCUCUGGAGGCUGCCGGAGAAGCACCACUCAAAUGCGUGGUCUUUUCUGAGUUCACCUCCCACCUUGACCUGAUUGAGAUUGCUCUUCGGGACAAUGGCUAUUCGUUCGUGAGGAUCGAUGGCACGAUGUCCCUCAACAACCGGAAGAAAUCCUUGGAUGCACUGGCAUAUGACAACGAUGUUAUCAUUCUUCUGGCGUCCAUCAAAGCAGCCGGCCAAGGACUCAACCUCACCGCAGCGUGUCGAGCCUUCAUCAUGGAGCCAAUGUGGAAUCCUGCAGCCGAAGCACAAGCAGUCGACCGAAUUUAUCGGAUUGGACAGAAGCGACCAGUACUAGUCAAACGUUACCAGAUGCGUGACAGUAUUGAGCGGAAGAUUGUCGAGCUCCAGAAACGCAAACAGCAGCUGGCCGACGUAUCGUUGAACCAAAACCACAAGCAGCUCAGCAAGAAAGAAGUGAGGGAGCAGCAUAUGAAGGAGAUCCUAGCACUUUUCAAAUGAUACCUGUCCAUUGGAGGACGGCACUUUGCAUAACGGGAAAGCCCCAAAAGGAACAACCAGGAGAGGCGUUAGCGGAUAGGACACGAGGAGCAUUGAUGUAACAUAGGUCUUGCAAAUUACAACUUGGAAUGUCGCAAGACUUGGGAACAGGAAUACCUUAGGUAGCUAGACAGCGAGCAUCAAAUCAUGAUUAGAUACAGUAGCAAUCCUAUGAUC